GAUUUUUGAGCUAUUUUGAAAACUCAAAAAUGGCUCGUAUGAAUAGACCUGCCCCAGUGGAGAUCACUUACAAAAACAUGAGAUUCCUCAUUACCCACAAUCCCACUAAUGCCACGCUUCACAAAUUCAUUGAGGAACUGAAGAAAUAUGGGGUAACAACAGUUGUUCGAGUGUGUGAGGCCACGUAUGAUACAAACCUGGUCGUUAAAGAGGGUAUUCAGGUUCUGGAUUGGCCCUUUGACGAUGGAGCUCCUCCUCCUAACCAGAUCGUUGAUGAUUGGCUAAAUCUUCUUCGGAUUAAAUUUAGGGAGGAGCCAGGCUGCUGUAUUGCCGUACAUUGUGUUGCAGGCCUUGGAAGAGCCCCAGUACUGGUUGCGCUGGCCCUGAUUGAGUGUGGGAUGAAAUACGAGGAUGCUGUUCAGUUCAUUCGACAAAAGCGCAGAGGAGCAUUUAACAGCAAGCAGCUCUUCUAUCUGGAAAAAUAUCGUCCCAAAAUGCGUCUUCGAUUCAAGGAUUCCAACGGCCACCGCAACAACUGCUGCAUUCAGUAAAAGCUUGCAUAUAAGACUUUCUCAAAUGUGUAAUGGGAGUUUGUAUCUAGCAUAAGUAGUUUGUUCUCUUAGUUGGUAACUGUGAAAAUACCGUUGCAAUAAUGAAAGGAAUAGUUUGCCCAAAAAUUUAAAUCAUUUACUUACCCUCAAGUUGUUUCAACCCUGUAUAAGUUUAUUUCUUCUGUUGAACACAAAUGAAGAUAUUUUGGAGAAGAAAAAAAAGAGAGGGAGAGAGAGAAUUUGAUGGUCCCCAUUGACUUCCAUAGUAUUUUUCUCCAAACUAUGGAAAUCAGUGGGGACUAUGAACUGUUUGGUUGCCUAUAUUCUUCAAAAUAUCUUCUUUUGUGUUCAACAGAAAAAAGAAACUUGUACAGGUUUGGAAUAACUUGAGGGUGCGAAAAUGACAGAAUUUUCAUUUUUGGGUGAACUAUCCUUUUUUAGCUUAUUUGGUUACAAGUGUCCCUCUUCCUUCUCUUUGUUUUAUGUAUUUCCUGUGGAGAAUCAAAAGGUAAAAUGUUUAAGUUUAUUUGGUUGGUGAAACAUUGUCAAAUCCCACCUCUGCCAAACACAUAGUAUGCUUUAUAGCCUAAACGGUUAAAUAAAAAAUAGUUUCAUUUUUUUUAUUGAUGAUUUCAGCCUAUCUGUAAUCGAUGCCUGUCUCCAAAAAUCUACAAUAAAUGCCUUGUUACAGCAGAAAGACACCGUCUGGUGGAGGAGUUCUCAGUGGCAUUUUAAAGAGGUUUCUCGAUGUCUUUUGCAGAAAAAAAAAUCAAGAAGACAGGAAUUUUUUUUUAGAAAAAUAAAAUCUCUUUACAUAAAUAUAUUGAAGGGUGUGCUUCUAGUUUUUGUUGUUUAUCCAAACUUUGUUUACCUAUUACUGCCAUGUCAAUAGUGUGAUGUUUGUGUUUUGGCUUAAAACUGGACCUCAAUGUCUGCAGUAUUUUUAUGCCUUUUUAUUUGAUAUAAUAACUUAAUAUUUCGAUACUUGAUUUAUGUGUGGUAUUUGAUUGUGUACUGUUAAAGCACCUAUUUAUAUCAAUGGAUAUGUGUUUUAGUAUAGUGAAAGACUAGUUGCUACAAGUUUACCAAUUUGAGAGUACAAUAAAGAUAA